CCCAGCUCACAGGGCUGACAGAGGGGGUCACAGCAUUUAAAGAGAGCAGGAGCCCCUCCUGCUCACACCCUUUGAGACCCAAGGAAAGAGGGAGAACCUUCCAGUGGCUCCGGUUAACCCUUCAGAUAAAGAUGCCAAACUGGGGAGGAGGAGCCAAGUGUGGGGCCUGUGAAAAGACAGUGUACCACGCUGAGGAAAUCCAGUGCAAUGGAAGGAGCUUCCACAAGUCCUGCUUCCUCUGCAUGGCCUGCAGGAAGGCUCUGGACAGCACCACGGUAGCAGCUCACGAGUCUGAAAUCUACUGCAAGACCUGCUACGGGAGAAAAUACGGCCCCAAGGGGGUUGGCUUUGGGCAAGGGGCAGGAUGCCUCAGCACUGACACUGGGGAACACCUGGGCCUGAACCUGCAGCAGGGCUCACCAAAGCCUGCUCGCCCUUCAACACCAACUAAUGCUUCCAAGUUUGCCAAAAAGAUGGUAGAUGUGGAUAAAUGUCCCCGUUGUGGCAAAUCAGUGUAUGCUGCAGAGAAGAUCAUGGGAGGAGGAAAACCUUGGCACAAGAGCUGCUUCCGCUGCGCCAUUUGCGGGAAGAGUUUGGAGUCCACCAACGUCACGGACAAGGAUGGAGAGCUCUACUGCAAAGUUUGCUACGCAAAAAAUUUUGGUCCCAAAGGAAUUGGAUUUGGUGGCCUCACUCAAGUGGAAAAGAAAGAAUGUGAAUGAGAAGAAAUGCAGGCCACAGACUCAAACUGCUGUUGAUGCUGUCAAGUAAAACACUAAAUAACAUACGAAAGAACCUAGGGCAUUGGAUUAAGAUUUUCCACAUUGCAGGCAAAAAAAUUUGUGAGUUGUAUUUUAAGAAAUUCUUGGAGUAGAUUAAAAAGGUACAGUGAUAAAACUAGACUCAUGUUUGUGUUUAGUGUAUAAAGACAAGGAACCUCAUGGAACAUUUUUGCUUCUUAAACCAAUACUGGAAUUGUAGAUUACCACAGGGAUCCCUUCUGGAGUGAAGGGUCCAGGUGCUCCCAGUCAGAUUGUAUUUUCUUUUGUUCACAAUGUUCAUCUCUCUGUAUUUCCACGAGUCUCCUAGCUGACUUUUGGACAUGCUGAUAUUUGUGUUAUAACAAGCAGACGUCAUUGGCUUUGAGACAAUUAAAAAGGAUUUGAAAUCCUCUCUCUCUGAGGGAGGCAUUUCUAAAAAGCCUCAAUGUUUUCUCUCAAUACAGUGUUGUAAGUUUUGUCUGUUUUCAAGUUCCAAUAAAGUACUUACUGCUUCACAUGAUUUUUAUUUGUAUUUGCUUGUGCUUAUACAGUCCACGGUGUUUCAGAUAAAUGGAUUUCAUCAAGAUGAAUGAAACCCCCCAUAGCUUAGCCACAAUAAUUGCAUUUCACUGCAUUGCUUACCAUGUCAGUUCUAGAUGGUAUCUCACCUUAAUUUCCUGAUCUUGAACUCCUUCCCUGCUGGUUUUCCUUGCUCCCUGCUUUCACUUACACUCAUAUCACACUGCCCAGCUGGCCCCUCCUUUCCCUGGGAACGUGGCUGACAUGAGAUAUUCCAGAUGCACUGGGGAACAAUUCCCUCUUUUUAUGCACAUUGCUAUCUUCCAUCAUACACUUACCCAUUUUUAUUCCCCAUCAGGGCAUAUAUAUGUGAAAAAC